AUGCCCGCGGAAAGGAUGCGUCUUCGCGCUUGGAUAGAACAUCAAGCAGACAACGGUCAACUUCCUGGUUUAGAGUGGGAGGACCGCGGCAAAGGAAUUUUUAAAGUCUCGUGGAAGCACGCUUCGAGGCAGUGCUGGAAUUGCAAUAGGGACGCUUGCGUUUUCGAAGGGUGGGCUCCACACAGCGGUCGCUACAGACCGGGAAUCGAUAAGCCCGAUCCACGAAGAUGGAAAGGGAAUUUCCGAUGCGCUCUCAAUGCGCUGCCGGAUAUACAUGAGCUUCCGAACCAGGGUAUCGCACGGGGACAAGAUGCUUAUAAAGUCUACCAGAUCGUAAAGAAAACUGAGAAGAAAGAUGGAGGUCAUUCCAAACGUGGGCAAAACAAAUGUAAGUAUUAA